CGCGGAGUUCGUUGGGAUGGGAGAUCUCCGGUGACGGAAUCAGUUGGGCUCCUCUAUCAUGGGACAGAUGCCUGGCGACUGUUAUCAGCUGGGCGGCUUUUCGUUACGUCGUGAGCUCCAGUCAUGCCCUCUCGCUUAGCGUACACGAUUCUCGUUCUUCUGUUCCGUCGGUGUGGUUCUUUGAAUCUUCGUGACAGUUUGCAGAUGGGGUUGUGAGUGUGGUGUUUAAAAAGCUGAUGAGGGGGAGGGGAUUUUAGAAGUGAGCAUGAGAAAGGAGGUGGUCCAUUCCUUCGUCAAGGUCAUUUAACCGACUCGGAGCUAUCCUGGUAUUGCUCUCCUGAUGUUUGAGAAACAGAGCUGGGGCUGUGGAAGGAGAGAGCAUUAUGCUGUUGCAGUGUCAGAGGGCGUGUAGAACUUGCGGGACGUAGAGAAAGGUUUGCAGAUGACAAGAAAGUGUGAUAGCUGUCGGUAGGACUCAGGAAGCUUUCGUCGUCCUUCGAGCAACAUCAGAAACAUUCAACUCGUGGUAAUUGCAAGAAUCUUCCAAGAACCCUUGUUGAGUCCCAUUCAUGUCGUGUAUGAAACUGAAAAUAUUGCAGUACGUAGUGCCAAGACCUCGUAGCUCAUUCUCCAGCUCAAUUUUCCUAUGCACCCAGCAGCAUCCGAGUACGGCUUUACGCUCUUGUGCUUGAAAUCUUCGAAUUAAAAGUGUUGAAGAUUGUGUAAGUCUCUUCAAGUUCUGAGAAUAAGCCUCCUUCAGUCAUUGGAUUCUGGUGCAAGUUAUAACAUAUUUGAAAUCUUGGAUCACGCUCCCAUGAAGUACUCCCAGUACUUUCUAAUGCAGGACCAGCAGAGAGCUUCACUUCUCAACAACCCGCACUUCUGGGACUCUUCCCAUCCCUCAUCUGUUUAUGCUACCCCAAACAACAAUAUGUACAAUAAUCCUGGCCAAUGUCAGCACUUGGCAUAUCCUGCAUACUAUGUGGACAGUCCCUCCACAGUUGCUCUAGACAUAAACUCAGACAACUUCGGAUACGAGGAAGAUCAGAGAACCUCUGAGCGCUUGUCAGAGCCAUUCAGUGCCAGCUUGUUGAGCAGAAGCACCUCCUUCUUGAGCAAUUGCACAUCGGAACGUGUCUCUAUACCGGAUGUAUCGGCCCGUCGACAGUCUUGGUGCAAGUCGAUACAGGAAUCGAUGGCGACGAACAAGUGGGAGACAUGUGACGAGGAGAUGAGUUUGGAGGCCAAGGGCGAGAGAACUCGACUAAGGUGGCUUGACAUUUUGAAGUCUUUGAUCUCGUGGUUGUGUAUCACAGUCUUACUCGUGGGAUUCUUAAUGGCACUCUUUACUUCCAUGUACUGGCUUAUUUGCCACCCUCAAGCACCUAGCACCACUUUUAAGGGAGUGGAGUUUCAAAGUUUUAACGUCAUGCAAGGAUAUGAUCGAACUGGCGUGCCCACUGAUAUGGUCAACUUGGAUGCAACGGUUAAACUAUCUGUCAAUAAUCCCUCUAAAUAUUACGGCGCGUUUGUGAGCGCCCCUGCUGUCCACCUUUCAUAUCUCCCAAGAUCCAUCGCACAUAGUCAGGUGCCAGGCUUCUACCAAGGCUGCAAUUCAGAAAGGGACAUUAUAAUUAAAGCAAAUGCUGAGUACGAACCUUUGUAUGGAGCGGGGCCGAGCCUUCAGCAAGCAAUGCUGGAGAAUCGGCACAUCCCACUCGGCCUCAUUAUCUCUCUGAAGUCACACGUCAACGUGUUUGGCAAUAUUGUACUGAAGUACUUCAUUCAAACCCACGUCUGCAACGUUAUGCUGAAUCCAAAUACUGGGACAGUAACUGCUACUUACUGUGAACCUCCGAGAAAGCAAGAGGGCUAUGACAUUUCUCGCUUUAAAAGGCACUCUCCAUGACCGGGUCUGUGUGCAAGGAGCUGAAUGCUUCUCGUUGAAAGUCCUCAAAUCUAGUAGACUUCAAACAUGCCCAACAGUUGGUCAGACUUUGCAAUCAUUCUCGACUGCCAAUUCUGCAUGCACUAUAACUGAAGGUAGUUCUACGAGCAGUCAUUUUCAAAUGAGAAGAUACUAUUCUUAGAUUGAAGUUUACGGAUAAGAUGCUGUAAUGUCUUGACAAUAGAUAGAGAAUCUAAAAAUAAAUGAUACCCAACAUAUCACCAACAAAUCUGAAGAAAUUUGAAGCAAAGAGGUUGUUUUGGAAGUAAAAGUCUAACAAUUAAAAAUUUAGUAGAAGUAUAAUAAUAGGAGAAACUGUUUGCUUAAUCAAUUUUAAGAGUCUACAAAUUUUAGCUGUAUAUACCAACUACUCAACACACCGAGUCUCUGUGUCUCACUUAUCGAACACAUCCACCGCAUACUUUUAUUUUGAAAUGGCUGGUUUAAAGUGAGAAAAGCCAUCAACACUGUUAUAUAUCUAAUGGACAGCUAAGUGUACACAUCCUAA